UAUAUUUAACCCUUUCAUCUCUUGUGAGCAGUGGCCAGAAUUAGCAUGUAUAAACUAGAGUACAAUGGUUCUAUGCAGAAGAGAGGAAGGAAGUGCUCAUUAGAAAGUGAUCAUGUCAGAAGCACGGGUGAGCUCUCUGAUCUCUCUCUCUGUUUAGGUGAUGACAUUUGCUGUUGCUUCUGCAGACUCGCCCAUCACAAAGGAGUGAACCUGACGGAUGUCCAGGUGAAUGAUACGCAAGAGUUUGUUCAGAUUGUGCCCAACCAGAAGAGCAGCAUUGAAGACGUGUGGCAGGUCAGGAGCAGCUGUGCUUCAGGGCGAAUUGUGGCUCUGAAGUGCUCCGAGUGCGGUGUGCGCUCCAGGGCAGCCCGGAUCGUGGGCGGAAGCAAUGCCCCGUUGGGACGCUGGCCGUGGCAGGUCAGCCUGUACCUCAACUCCAGACACGUCUGCGGAGGCUCCGUGGUGGCGCAUGACUGGAUCGUCACGGCCGCUCACUGCGUGCACAAUUACAGGCGGCCUGAGGUCUCCAGCUGGCUGGUCUUUGCCGGGAUUAUCGCCCAGGUGUCAGUCCCACAGCAGGCUGGGGCGGCAGUGGAGAAAAUCAUCUAUCACCCCCGCUAUGACGACAGAAGUCAUGACUAUGACAUCGCACUGAUGAAACUCACAGCGCCCUUGAACUUCUCUGAUGCCGUCCGUGCAGUGUGUUUACCGCUGUACCAGCAGGAUUUCCCCCACGGCACCCACUGCUGGAUCUCCGGCUGGGGCUACACCAGACCUGAACACGUUCCUGUUGCUGAGAUGCUGAAGGAAGCUAUUGUUCCCUUAAUCAGCACCAAGAAAUGCAACAGCUCCUGCAUGUACUCUGGUGAGCUCACCCCCAGGAUGCUGUGUGCUGGCUACCUGGAUGGGAAAGUAGAUGCCUGCCUGGUGAGAGCAGGCUAAAA